ACGAUUGCACAGGCAAGAAGGGAUAAGAUGCAACUAAGAAGCAUAUAUGGUAUAUAAAUACAAAAACUGCAUCAGCUAUAAACAGAACUCAUCAUCAUCGUAUCGACAUGGCCUCAAAGCGAGCAGGUGGAGUUAUUUUUGACCACAAGGCAUGGCUUUCAGAAUUCCGAUCUUCCAAAAAUUUUAGAGAACUUAGAUCGGAAAUAAUGCAACAAACCCUCAAAGCAUGUGAAAGCUUCAAAUACACUUUGGAAGACGGCUCCGAGGUCGUUUUUUCAAAUUACGAAAGUGUCUCGAGAGAUGCAAGAGAAACUACGCUUUACACUGAUGAAGAACCCCCAGGAAGACAUGUAAAGGGAGAUGAGGAUAGUUGUUUUAAAACCGAGGUUAUAGUCGUCAAUGCAGAUUGUCUCGAGGAAGCCAUCCGCUUGAAGAAUAAGGGAUUUAACCCAGCUGUCCUGAACAUGGCUUCACCAAAAAGACCGGGGGGAGGUUACUUAUCAGGAGCAGGCGCACAGGAGGAGAACUUGUUCCGUCGUACAAAUUAUGUGCAACAUUUAGCAGACCCAGAAAAAAAAUUUGAUCCUACAAGAGAGUGGAAAUACAGAAUUCCAGAGUUCUCAUGCAUCUACUCAAAAAAUGUGUUCAUCAUAAGAGCAUCUGAAGCUGAAGGAUAUAAAUUUCUUGCCAACCCUGUUCCAAUGUCCUUUUUGGCCCUACCAGCAUACCCCAAUCCCACCUUAACAAGAGACAAGAAGAAACUCAUUCCAUUGAUUGCUGAGAACACAAAACAGAAGAUACGUUGCUUGUUGUCAGCUGGUCUGUAUUAUGGUCAUGACUCACUGGUUCUCUCAGCUCUUGGCUGUGGAGCAUUUAGAAAUCCUGCAAGUCACAUGGCCCAGCUUUUCAAGGAUGUAUUGUCCGAAGGCAGAUUUGCCAAUAGAUAUAAGCACAUUUCUUUUGCCAUCCUUGAUGAUCAUAAUGCAAGGGGGGAUGGGAAUUUCAAGCCCUUUCUUGAGGUAUUUGCUGACUGCACAUAAAAGUCACAUCAAUUAUUUAGAAGAUCAAGUCUGAAUAAUUACUAUGACUUUGCAGUUUA